CUCCUUUAAGACCUCGUUGCCACGGCAACCCUUGCUGCCGGAAGAAUUCCUCAAGGAUUCCGCCCAUCUCCUCGAGUAUCUCUGUAGUUCGGGCUCCCAAGAGCCGCUCCUUUCCUGCCGAAGAUGGCGGACGACGGGAUAACGGACGGGAAACGGCAGGACGAGCCGGAGGAAGCAGGAGAAACAGGCGGGCCGAGUGGCGCUGGGCGGCAGAAAGGAUCCUGUUCAAGCGGACGGCCUCCCACCGUUCGGGAUCUGCAGCUGGCACUGGCUGGAUUAUAUGAAGAUGAAAUUAAAAGACAAUCACCUCAUCCAGGCAAACCAGCAACUAGAGUAGCCAGUCAUCCCCGAUUACCAGUGCAAAGAAAUUUGAGAAAACCAGAAAGAAGUAUGAGUGAUGACAUGGAUAACCAAAGAUUUUACUCAGGUGAUACAGAAUACAGAAUUGUUGAGUCAUCUGACAAUAUGUCCUCCAGUAAAAUAGUUGAUGAACUUUUCAAAGAAGCAAGAGAACAUGGGGCAGUUCCUUUAGAUGAAGUAUCAAGAGCUUCAGGAGACGGCCACAAGGCUAAAUCAUUUUCUGGAGGUGGAUACAGAUUGGGAGACUCUGCUCGGAAGCAUUCUGAAUAUAUACAUGGAGAAAAUCAGUAUGGGCAAGAUGUUGAGAUCUUGCUUAAAUUGUGGAGGAAUGGCUUCAGCUUAGAUGAUGGAGAGCUGAGAUCCUACACAGAUCCAGUGAAUGCUCAGUUUCUUGAAUCUGUUAAAAGAGGAGAGAUUCCUGCUGAACUUCAACGACUAGUGCAUGGAGGUCAAGUUAAUUUAGAUAUGGAAGAUCAUCAAGAGCAGGAAUAUAUAAGACCGAGACUGAAGUUCAAAGCUUUCAGUGGAGAAGGUCAGAAACUUGGAAGCCUUACUCCUGAGAUUGUUAGCACACCUUCAUCUCCAGAAGAAGAAAACAAACCUUUUCUUGAUGCCACUGUUCCAAUAGAUGCCACUGUACCAACAACGAAGAUCCAGAUUCGUCUAGCUGAUGGCAGUCGCUUAAUACAAAGAUUUAAUCAAACACAUAGGAUUACGGAUAUACGAAAUUUUAUUGUCCAAUCUCGUCCUUUGUUUGCCACAACUGACUUUGUUCUUCUGACUACAUUUCCACAUAAAGAACUUACAGAUGAAAGCCUGACAUUACAAGAAUCAGAUAUAUUGAAUACCGUGAUAUUACAACAGCUGAAAUAAAUUUAAAGCCUAUCUGUGCAAGAUAGGUUCUGGGAAUACAUAAUGUUGCAUGUUGAUUUGCAAGGUAGCUUCAAAUAAAUGAAGAAAAGACCAAAAGAAUUCCCUUGUUUUCCAGUUAAAUAUAGCAACUGACUUUUAAACCUGUUCAGUCUUCCAGUAACAAUUUAUUCAAAUUGCAGGUCAAAAAGAUUUGUUAAACAAAUGUUGAAUUUGUAUUCUUCCUAGUUCAGCUUUUGUGAAUUCAAGUACUUUUAUGGAAGUGGGGGAACAGGGAAAGAAAAAAAAGACAGAACAUGCAUACGAAUGUACAUUUGAUACUUAUAGGAAUACAG